AUGUCGCUCAUCGACGUCGACCUUCACGCCCUUGCCACCGGUGGCGCCGACUACCUCGCCUCCAUCUACGUCGGAAACGCCACCAAUCCCGCGCUCUCGCUGCUGUCAUACGACUCGGCCUUCGCGGACGUCAUCGGCCACAACGCCACUGCCCGCUUGGUCGCCGACCUGGACUGGCAGGCCUUCCACGAGGGUGGCGUCUACAACAAGGAGGACAACUCCCUCUACGUCUCGUCCAACUACAUCUCGCUCAAGGACAACAUCAACAUGACCGUCCACUCAGUUCCCGGACCUCGCCAUGGCUCGUCGUACUACCCGCCUGGCGCCGAUCAGAACUCCACGCCCCCCAUGCAGGUGUGGUGCGACCAAGGCGACCUCGAGGUCUACGCCAAGCUCCUUGCCGUCAACGUCAACACGAACGAGUCCGAGCCGCUGGUCAUUGGCAUGAACGGCCGCAACUUCAGCGGCUUGAACGAUGUCAGACAGCACCCCGUGACGGGGGACCUCUGGUUUACGGAUCCCGAGUACGGCUAUAUCCAGAACUUCCGCGCGGAGCCCGAGCUCCCGCGACACAUCUACCGUUUCGAGCCCUCGACGGGUGUCCUCCAGGUUCUCGGCGAUGGCUUCGUGCAGCUCAACGGCAUUGAGUUCUCGCCGGACUACAAGACGCUCUACGUCUCGGACACUGGCGCCCAGGAGUCCGACCUGGACCACAGUCGUCCGGCCACCAUCUACGCCUACGACAUCAUCGACAACAAGCGGCUCGGAAGCAAGCGCAUGUUCGCCUUCGCGGACAGCGGCAUUCCCGACGGGGUGCACACGGACACCGACGGCAACGUCUGGGCUGGCUGUGGCGACGGUGUGCACAUCUGGAACCCCGAGGGAGUGUUCCUGGGCAAGAUUUACCUGGGCGAGACGUCAAACAACUUUGCGUUCGCUCCGGGCAAGGUCUUUGUGUUUGCCAACUACAGGCUCUGGGUAGUUGAGGGCAUCAACGCCCUCGGGCGCGAGAUUUGCAAGGACUUCGGCGCCGACAGCGACCCGAGAUGCCACCAUUAG